AUGUCCCCACUGCACCUCUGGUUCUCAUGGCGUGUCUUCAUGUGGCAACCAUUGUGGCUUCUGGCCCAGGCAGCUCAGCCUCUGGAGUGGGCCCUGGACCCUGUCCAGUGGACCUCCGACCCCCUGGGGCUGACCGAACCUUGGUCUCCACGCUCCUCAGACCCCCCUCCCAAAUCGCCCUAUGCGAUUACACCCCCGGCAGAGUCCGGGGGCUUUAAUGACUUGUCCUCCUCUCCAGAGCAGAUGCUGGCACUGCCUCAUCACGAGUUGACUGAGACUUUGGUUCCACACCCAAACCCGGAUUCAGCUGCAGAGCUGCUCGCAGGGCCAGAUCAGUUCGCUGUUCCACGUCAGGAUCUGAGUGACAAGGUAACCCAGCAGCAAAAGCUCCCAGCAGCAGCUCCAUUGCUGGACUGGGAACAGAAUCAGGGCUUGGUUCCACCUUCACUACCUAAUGAAGGGACAGGCUCACCUCUAAGUCCAGGUGAAGCUCAACAUCCAGUGUUGCCUGAUAGCACAGUUAAACCCUUGGAUCUGGUGGUUGUUUUAACUCUAGAGCCCACUGAAGAGGUGGAACAUCCUGCAGUGCAGCAGGAGGCCCCAGCUCAGUCUCCGGUUCCCCAGGGGGGCUCAGAUAUACCUCCUGAGCCCCCUAAGGACGUGGUACCUUCUGCCACACAACAGGAGCUUCAGGCUCAGGCAUCAGAGCCCCCUACAGAGAUGGAACCAUUGCCAGUCCAGCCUACCACAGAGGCUGAACGUUCCACAGUCCUGCAGCAGAGUGCAGUUCCAGCAGCAUACCCUGAAGUGACAAUUCCAAGUCCAGAGCAGGUUCAGCUUCCACAUCCAACCUUGACUGAGGUCACAGUUCAACCUUUGGACAUGGAAAUUACGUUAACUCUAGAAUCCAGUAUGGAGGCUGAACCUUCUCCAACCAUGGGGCAGCCCCAAGCUCAGCCUCCAGAGGCAGUUGUAGCUCAGUCUCCAUCGCAUCCCGAGGUGCCAGUUCCAGCACCAGAUCAGGCUCAUGCUGAGCCUCCAACAUCACCCAGUGUCACAGUGAAACCUUUGGACCUGGAACCUACCACAACUCCAGAGCCUUCCAUGGAGUCUGGAUAUUCUACAGCCCUGCCGCAAACUCCAGCCCCACCUCCCAAACACCCUGAGGUGAGUCUUGCACAGCCAACCCUGACUCAAGUCACAGUUACCCCUGUGGACCUGGGAGGUACCAUUUCUCAGCAACCAAGUCCACCUGAGACAGUUCUUUUUCCUUCGACUCAGGAUUCAGUAUCCACAGGUCUUCCUGGUGUAAACUAUACCCCCCAAAAGAUGCAACCAGAACAGAAUGCCACCAUGGACAUCAACAUCUGUGAGCUCUGUACCUGCAAAGAUGAGACGCUGUCCUGUGUGGGUCUCAGCCCAAAGCAGAAGCUCCACAGAGUGCCUGAGCCACAGCCCAACACCUACAAGGGCAUCUUCACCACCGUAAAUUUCCAAGGAAACUCUAUUUCUCACAUUGGUGAAAAUGUAUGGAAGGCAUACCGUUGGACUGAGACACUGAUUCUCAGUGACAAUCAUUUGACUGAAUUACAUAAGGACUCCUUUCAAGGCUUGCUAUCCCUCCAGUAUUUAAUUCUCAAUCGUAAUCCUUUGACAACAGUUGAAGAUUCUUACCUUUUUAAAUUGCCGGCAUUAAAAUAUUUAGACAUGGGAAGAACACACGUGUCACUUACAACAGUUGAAAGCAUCCUGAUGAUGACCCUCGAACUGGAGAAACUGAUCUUACCCAGCCGCAUGGCCUGCUGCCUCUGCCAAUUUAAAAAUACAAUUGAAGUUGUCUGUAAGACAGUCAAGCUGCGUUGCGAUGGUGAAUGCCUGACAAAUGCCACACCUUGUGGUGAGGAAGCAUCUCUAGGGAAUGCAGAAGGAUCGUUCAUGAAGGUGUUACAAGCCCGGAAGAAGAACACCAGCACCGAGCGGACUAUUGACCCAGAGAGGGCAUCCUCAGACCAAAGUGCUGUCAGCUUGCCAACCUUCGUGAAUGAGCAGCUGGACUCUAAUGCUGAAAGUGAUGUUAUCAGUGCACUAAAUUACAUACUGCCUUAUUUCUCAGAGGGAAAUCUACGAGAUGUGAAAUCAACAUUAUUACCAGUCAUUCAGCUGCUUUUUCCAACACAGGAAAACAGCCUAGCAAAGACUGAGAGUGUAGGGGAAAGGCACCUGAGAGUGAACAGCGUCCUCAAGGGCCCAAGGGGCAUGAAGAAAAGGCACUUCAAAGCAGUGGGAGAUGAGAGCGUCAGGAGGAAACAGAAUGCCCAGCCAUUUGUGGAGAACACUGCCAGAGAAAGAAGUCUCAUGAGGCCAUCGCCCAGGGAGCUGCAACAGCUUCACAUGGUGCAGAGGCCCCAGGAGUUAGUGGGAAACUCCUUCAACACAGAGCCUGCACUCAUAAAGGAAGAUAAGGCAGCAGUCUCUUCCUUUCUGAAACAGUAUUCAAGGGGCAGGCUUUCUGGCUCCAUCCCUCCAAACUCCCCAUCUCAGGUUAAAAAGAAAUCAAAAGACUUACCCUACACUAUUGUUGUUUUAGAAGAUGCAUAUGCUAGAGUUAUAAAUCUGACAGCUUCUGAAUUAAUCUCACAUUCCGGGAAAGAAUACAUCUUCCAUAAAAUUCGGUCUCAUCUGGUUCACAGAAGACCCAAAGCCAAAUUGUGUGGAAAGUUCACAAAGAAAGGUUCUCCCAGUAGAAUGAUGCUUGUGAGGCGUCCUUUCUCUGCAGUGAGGAGCCUCAUAAAUUCCCCUCCAAGAGAGGGUUUUUCAUCUUCAGGAGAACUGACUUCUCAAGAAAAUCCUUUUCCAGAAUUAUUUUCUCUUUCAGACCCUUCUACAGAAAAUCCUACUCCAGAAAGCAAUACUGCACAAAAUGUCUUUGAAGAAAUUACAAACUCUAUUCUGCCAGGAGGAACCGGCCCUGGAAUCACUGCCCAUAGGAGUGUCCCCACGGCACAUUCUGCUGUUGCUGCAGACAACUUUAUCCCAACUGUUCAACACACCAACGAAGCACAGUGGGAGGACCACAGCGUGGGCACUGAAUUGUCCUCUAAGCCCCCAGGCUCCACUCUCCCAGCGCUCGCAUCCCCAGGUGAUCAAUUUGAAGCUCAGCUAAACCAGCAGCUAUGGUCCCUCAUCCCCAGCAAUGACGUGAGAAGGCUCAUUUCUCAUGUUAUCCGGACUUUGAAAAUGGACUGCUCGGAGACCCACGUGCAGUUGGCCUGUGCCAAGCUCAUCUCCAGAACAGGCCUCCUGAUGAAGCUCCUCAGUGAGCAGCAAGAAGUAAAGGCAUCGAAGGCAGAAUGGGAUACGGACCCGUGGAAAACCGAGAACUAUAUCAGUGAGAGCGCAGGAGCCCAGGGUGAACAGAAGGAGCAGGAGCCCAGUGAGCUCACAAAAGCAGUUCCAGGAUACGGCUAUAACAAGAAACUCAUCUUGGCAAUAUGUGUAACUGGAGUAGUGAUGACUUUCAUUAUCAUUUUCUGUCUCAUUGAGAUUCAUGCUCACAGGGUAGCAGCAGCAGCAGCACAGGGAGAGGAAGAAACAGGGCAACUGCCCAAGGGCCACAAAAGGGGCUUUUUCCCCUUUCUUCUGCGAAAGAGAAGCUCAAGGGAAGGCGAGAGUCAGGAGGGCUUUUACUGGAGAAGGCGGCCACUUUGGCUUAGGGAUAUGUAUAGACCUCUCAACGUCACACGCAAGAAAAACAUGGCACAGAAGCUACAUGACCAGGAGUCUUCUGAUGAGGAUGAGAUUUUCCACAAGGAUGCGGGGGAAGGCAGCAAAACCCCAGCAGAGGAUGUUUAGGCUGCAGAUUCGGCUGCUGGGGAGACGGGUGAGGAAAGUGAGGCCGCACACGAGACCGCGACAGUGUGAGCCCCGUCCUGCCUCAGGCCACCUGCACAUUUCAUUUUCCAGGAUUGGCUU